AUGAGGGCGGCCGAGAGGCCGCGCGGCCCGGCGAGCGGCCAGGGGGCACACCCGCUGCAGGGAGUCGCGGCCCCUGCGAAGCGCGAAGGUGAAGCCUGGCCUCCUUCCCUGUUUGGUCCCCACGAAAGGCCUAAGGAGCGGCGCUGGCACAGCCCGCGGCGGGUCAAGGCCGUCCCAGGGCAAACGGCGGAGGCAAAUGGCGGCGGCAGUGAAAACCCCGGAAGCCCCGCCCACGUACGUGAGCCGCAGGAAGCGCCCCUGUUCUUGGCAGGCAUUGGCCUCAGAUGCCUGCUGGAGACCACACCAGUGAAUCAUAGACGCAGCCGCACCAAAUUCACACAAGAUCAAUUGAAAAUCCUCAUCAAAGCAUUUGAUAAAAACCCUUACCCAGGUUAUGCUACCAAACAAAAACUUGCUUUAGAAGUCAAUACUGAAGAGUCUCGAAUCCAGAUUUGGUUUCAGAAUCGAAGAGCUAGGCACCAGAAGAAAUCAGAACCCGAUGAGGACUUAGAAUCAAGCCAAGACCAAGAUCACCUUGAAGAGGAGAUUCAAAGUAGAGAAGACAGACGGAGUCGUACCAACUAUACGUCCUUGCAAUUACACGCCCUCAUUGAGGCAUUUUCGAACAAUCCUUAUCCUGGCUUUGAUUCCAGAGAGCAACUUGCUAAAGAAAUUGGUGUUCCCGAGUCAAGAGUCCAAAUUUGGUUUCAAAAUCGGAGAUCCAGAUUCCAUGCCCAGAGAAAAAGAGAACCUGAUGAUGGAGACUUAGAACAGAGACAAGACCAGGAACAGGAUCUCUGA